ACAAGCUCGGGGAGUCUAUAAAAUAACAACACGAUGUUGUGUUUCUACAAUUCCAGUGUGUGGCUGGCUCUAGAUGAAUUUCGCUCUAGAUUAGUUGUGUGUUGUCUUUUUAUUUUUCGCCUUUUACUUUUACCUUUCUAUUCACGAUAUGGCGGAUCAAGAAGAGAGUGACAAUCUUGCAUAUGUGCAGAGAUUGAAGGCUGCAGUCCAUUACAGCGUAGGUCAGGUCUGUGAAGAAUUAUCUCAAGAGCUUGAUGUGACGUUUUCUCGUCAGUUUAUCGCUGUUCUCUCUGAAGCAACUUUUAAACAAAGUGCUAUCUUUGCUACAGACCUGGAGCAAUUUGCACAACAUGGUAAAAGAUCUGUCAUCAAUACGGAUGAUGUCAAACUGUUAGCCCGAAGGAGCGCACCACUGGCAAAGCACAUACGGGAUAUGAAUGAGCAGCAGAAUGCAAGUAACGAGGUGGAAAAGGAGAAGCGGAAAACCAAGAAAGGGAAAAAGUCAAGUAAAAGUACCUCAGUGGACUGAAGGAGGACCAUAUCCAAAAACUUUUAAAAACACAAUGAAAAGGGGCCAUUCAUUAUUGUAUGACAUGUUUAAUAUUUUCAUUCAAAACAUGUUGUGCAUUUUUCUCUCUCUCAAAAAAAGCAUAUAACAAUUAACAAUGAUAAUUCUGAAUGGCGCCUAAAAUAUUAUUGUAUGACAUGUUUACCGCACAAUAUCAUACUGCAUAGCUUUGCUAUUAGCAUUCAGUCUAUUAAGCCAAUGGAUGAUAUUGAACGAUCAGACAGUUAGAGGUUUGACAUUAGGGAGCUUUUAUUUUCGAUGACGGAUGGUUCUGCAACGAUAAUGAUGACAUUUUGCAUCAUCUGCGCAUGCGUCUGCUUUGAGGAUGGUGGCCCUCAAUUUUUAAGACAAUGAAUCUGCGUUGUGCUGAAAACCACAACGUUUGGCUAAAAACUACUAACCGUUGCAGAACCAUCUGUUGUCGAAAACAAAACUCUUGAUAUGUUCCUUGAAGACGCAACACAUUCACAACACGCAAGAUUAACCUUGAUGAGAUCUGUGUUGAAAUACAUUGUGAAGCAUUUCUUUUAAUGGAGGCCUAUAUUUUGUUUUGAUUUUUUGCCGUUGCCCUAGAUUAGCAAUAAGCACUGUACCAUAGUGUUUUACAAGUCUCAUGGAAACAAAACCUACUUGGUGGGAUUCGAACAUACUAAAUCAGAUGUACACACCUCUACUUGUUGAAAGCUUUGGUUAUUUAAGAAAACGUUUUACUUUGACUUUUUAGUUUUAAUCUUGAUAUAGUUUUGUAUUACUCU